AUGAGUUGCCUAAGUUGGAACUGUUGUGAGCUUGGGAACCCACAGACAGAGGCCGAACUCGCUGCUUUGGUUAGCAGUAAAGAUCCCAAACUAAUCUUUCUAAUGGAGAUGAAAGUUGAUAGGGAAGUUAUUGAGAGAAUAAGUCGUAAAAUGCAGAAUAAUAAACACUUUGUUGUUCCUCGCCAUAAUAGGGGUGGGGGGUUGGCUUUAUUAUGGAAAGAUGACUUUUUGUUGGAUGUUUUGACUUCUUCAGAUAAUCAUAUUGAUGGAGUGGUGGAUCAAGGAAUGGAUGAUGCCUGGCGUUUCACAAGUUUCUUUGGGGACCCUGAAAUGGCCAGCCGGGAAAAUUCCUCGAAUAUGCUCAGAGACUUAAGCCAAAGAUUGACUCUACCAUGGGUUUGUGUGGAUGAUUUUAAUGAGAUUUUAAGACUUGAAGAGGAACAGGGUUGGUUGGACCGACCAGAGAGACAGAUGCAAGGUUUUCGGGAUGCUUUGGAUUACUGUGGAUUUAAAGAUCUUGAUUUUAAUGGUUUCCCCUUUACUUGGUGCAGCAGAAGAUCGGGUGAUCACAAUGUAUGGAUCCGGUUAGACCGUGGUGUAGCAACAGUGGAUUGGUUCCUACGUUUCCCUACUUUUCGUAUUCAUCACUUGGAAUGCUUCCAUUCGGACCAUAGGCCUAUCCUUCUCAUUUUAGAUGCUGACCACAAAAGAUUUUACAAGAAAGGGCGCCCAUUUCAGUUUGAGGCAAUGUGGAUCAAAGAGAAGUCUUGUGAGGAUGUGAUAAAAAAUUCAUGGGUUGAUGUUGCUAAUACUGAUCCGAUGAAUGUACUAUUAAAAAAACUCAUAAGUUACCAAGACAAUCUUAGAGUUUGGAACCGAGAGACUUUUGGGCAUGUAAGGACCACUUUAGUUAGGAAGUUGAAGGAGUUGAGCUUUGCUGAGGAAGCUAAUCUGUACAGAACAUAUCCAAUCCGUAUGAAGAGGCUCCGUGAUGACAUUUCAGUGCUAAAGGUUAGAGAAGAAACAAUGUGGAAGCAGCGUUCCCAUCUUGAGUGGUUAAAAGAGGGUGACUGA